AAAAGAAAGUAAAGCAUAGUUUGGUCCCCGAAGCUGCGGCCGGCAUAGGUGUUUAACUCGAUUUCUUUAAAAUUUUAUGAACUUGGAAAAUCAUGGACUCCAUUUCUUAACAAUGCUAGCAAAAUCAAAAUCUUCCCUUUACUAUGUUCACCUCAUUUUGCCCCCCAAAAUUUCCAUUUCUUCACUUCGCACCGCAACAAAGGAUAGCAUCGUCCAUAACUCUGCGAAAAUCCUCCGCAAAAAUACCAAAUUCCUCGUUUAUUGCAAUACCCAGAUUACACAACAUGGAAGAAACAGAAAUAUCAAAGAAGCUGAAUCAAUCUUCAACCGGAUGCCCUUCAAAAGCACCGUAUCUUGGACUGCCAUGUUGACUGCAUACGCAGAAAAUGGGAACAUUUUGAAAGCCCGUGAAGUGUUCGCUAAAAUGCCUGAAAGAACAACUUCUUCGUAUAAUGCUAUGAUCACGGCUUAUAAUAAGAAUGGUUGUAUGGUUGAUGAGGCUUAUGAGCUUUUCUGCAACAUGUCUGAACGGGACGCAGUGAGUUAUGCUACAAUGAUCACGGGGUUUGUCAGUAAAGGAAGGUUUGAUAAGGCCUUGGAAAUUUACGAAAAUACUCCGGGGAAAUGGCGGGAACCGGUUUGUUCAAAUGUUUUGAUAAAUGGGUAUGUGAAAGCUGGGAGAUUGGAUAUGGCAGUUGGCAUUUUCGAAGGAAUGGUUCAGAGAGAUGUCGUUUCUUGGAGCCUAAUGGUUGAUGGGUAUUGCAAAAGUGGGAGAAUUAUGGAGGCUAGAAAGUUGUUUGACAAGAUGGUGGAGAGAAAUGUAGUUACUUGGACAACAAUGAUUAAUGGGUACCUAAAAAUGGGAUAUUUAAUUGAUGGUUUUGGUUUGUUUUCGGCUAUGAGAAAAGAGAAAGGAGUUUUGGUUAAUUCUACUACUUUGACUGUUAUAUUUGAAGCUUGUGGACAUUUUGAUAGAUAUAGAGAAGGAAUUCAAAUGCACGGAUUGGUUUUAAAGUUGGGAUUCGAAUUUUGUGUUUUUCUAGGGAAUUCUAUUAUUACCAUGUAUUGCAGAUUUGGUUGUACUGGUUCUGCUAAUUUGGUAUUUGAUUUGAUGACGAGGAAAGAUUUGGUUUCUUGGAAUUCUUUGAUCAUGGGCCAUGUUCAAGAGAAUGAGAUUGAGAAAGCUUAUGAACUUUUUGAAAGGAUGCCUAGAAAGGAUGUAGUUUCUUGGACUACCAUGAUUAUGGGGUUUUCUGGUACAGGACAAACUGAUAGAGCUGUCAAGUUGUUUAGAAUGAUGCCUGAGAAAGAUGAUGUUGCAUGGACUGUAGUAAUUUCAGGGUUUGUAAGUAUUGAAAUGUAUGAGGAGGCUUUUCGCUGGUUUACUGAAAUGCUUCAGAAAUCAGUAAAGCCAGACUCUCAUACUUUGAGCAGUCUGUUGAGUGCUUCUGCCAAUUCAGCAAUACUAAGCAAUGGGCAGCAAAUCCAUGUCCAAGCAAUAAAGAUGUGUCUGGAACUCGAUUUGUCAGUUCAAAAUUCUCUUGUCUCAAUGUAUUCAAAAUGUGGAAAUGUAGCCGAUGCUUGUCAAGUCUUUAUGAGUAUUAAAGAACCGAAUAUUGUUUCUUUCAAUACAAUGAUUACUGGCUUUGCUCAAAAUGGAUUUGCUAAAGAAGCACUUGAAUUGUUUGGGAAAAUGCAGAGUGAAGGGCAGGAGCCAAAUCACGUAACCUUUCUUGCUGUUUUGUCUGCCUGCAGCCAUGUUGGACUCGUAGAAGUAGGAUGGGAGCACUUCAAAUCCAUGACAUCUUUAUAUAACAUAGAACCAGGGCCUGACCACUAUUCAUGCAUGGUUGAUCUCCUCGGCCGAGCUGGGUUAUUUGAUGAAGCAGUUGGUUUAAUCUAUUCAAUGCCAUUUGAUCCCCAUAGUGGAGUUUGGGGAGCUCUCCUGGGUGCAAGCAUGACUCAUCUCCGUAUCGAUCUCGCAAAGCUUGCAGCUCAGCAGCUUAUUAAAUUGGAGCCUGAUAGUGCAACUCCUUAUGUCGUUUUGUCCAACUUAUAUACUAUCUCGGGAAAGAAGAAAGAUGGAGACAAAGUAAGAAUAGACAAGAAAUCAAAAAGGAUAAAGAAGAGCCCUGGGUGUAGUUGGUUGGUAGUUAAAGACAAAGUUCAUUUGUUUCUCUCAGGAGAUCAAUCUCAUGAGGAUUCAGAAGAGAUUAGAGUUACAUUACAGACAAUUAUGAAGGAAAUGGAAGAGCUAGGUUGUUAUAGAUAAAUGGCUCCUUUCUUAAGGUCCUCCUCUUUGCUCUCCAUAGGAUCUCUUCUGCUGUAAUAGUUUCUAUUAUUUAAGGCUUGUGACUUUGUUCAAGCGGGCCAUGCAUUGGUCUCUAUAUUUUCUCUGUGUUUUCUAAUGCGAACAAAUGCCUUUAUCACUAGCAAUAUUGCUUUGCUGAAAGGAGUUAACUUGACCAUCCCAUCUUUUCAUGUUACUCUGCAGUCACUUCCCUUUUCUGAGUCAAGAAUGUAGUCCAUUGGAGUUUGAACCAGAAUUAUGACGGCUACAGAUCCCCAGGUCCAAAUCUUUAUUUUGUUUGAAGAAUCGUAUCCAACACCCUUGUCUAGCGCAUAUUCGGACAUGGGCGCAGAGACAUCACCUUUCUAAAUCCUCUAAAUGAGGACUUGCCGAUCAAUGAGGUGAACUGGAGUAUCUUGUUUGGAGUCAUAAUAUGGUGGCUGUGGAAACAAAGAAACUACUUAGUGUUUGCAGCUGGGAAUUUUUGCUCCACUGAUAUAAAUGGGAAAAGCCUUGCAUGUUUGAGGAGCAUCAUGGUGGCUGUUAAAAUUCAGCAGGCUCGAGGCAAUAGAAAGACAAUGGGGAUUGGAUGGAGGCCUGGAUAAAACACAAUUGUGACAGAGCAGUGGACACCAGCAAUAAUCUUGCUUCAGCUGAGGGAAUCUUUCGCAACUGUUAUGGCUGUUGGAUUACUGGGUUUAGUAGGUUUCUAGGCCUCAGUACUGUUAUGCAAGUGGAGCUAUUGGCGGUAUAUGACAGCCUCAGCAUUGCUUGGGAGACAGGGUACAAAAAAGGUUUUGGUAGAAUGUGACUAUUCGGUAGUGAUACAGAUGCUAACCGAUUGCAAUGCGAGUCCAUUAGCGCUAGUAAGGAAUACAAGGCAGCAGAUGCAAUGGCGAAGAUCAAAAAUCUCCACGAUUUGUACCAAUUGAGUAAAAACGAGCUAAGUUUAUGUAAGAAAUUAAAGAAGAAAUAGUAAUUUUCUUGCAAAAGUGAAAGAAUAGAGUGUUUGGAUGCCAAGAAAAUAUAAAAGAUGAAGAAAUUUUUGAAAGAAAA